AUGGCACUUAAUAUAAAAACAGCAGCCGAACUGGCUACCUUAAUUCCUGCGUAUGAUGGAAACUCCGGAGGAGUUAAAUCCUUCGUGGACGCAGUAAAUUUAGUUAAGACAAUAGUACCCGCUGAAAACAAAGCAGCGGCUAUUCAAGUUAUUUUAACUAAACUAAGUGGGAAAGCGAGAAAUCUAUUCGCUACAAUUCCGGAUGAUUAUGACGGAAUUACUCAAGCUUUGAUCAGCAAUUGCAGUGAGAAAAGUACGUCAGAUUCAGCUAAAAGUAAUCUGAAUAACUUAAAGUUGAAAUCUCCAAGCGAUUUGCAAAAUUUUACUAAGCAAGUAGAUUCACUUGCUGAAAAAUUGACUGAAACCUAUAUUACCGAAAAAAUUCCGAGCGAAGUCGCAAAGAAAAUGUCUCAAAAAGCUGCUAUUCAAACAUUGGUAGCGAAUGCUUCAAACUCAGAGACAAAAAUAAUGUUAAAAGUAGGUAAAUUCACCAAUCUCCAGGAAGCCAUUAAUAUAAUGGUGGAGAAUGAAAAUGUUACUACGUCAACAUCGAACGCAGUGGUACUAAACGCCACGAGUAACAGAAAUAGAUAUCAAAACAAUAACGUGAACAGGAUACCGCAGAUGAAUAAUAAUCAAAGAACUAAUUUCAACAAUCGAUAUCAACCACGAUUCCCACUUAAUAACUAUAGAAAUCAUAGCAAUCAUAACAACCAAUACAAUCAACAGCAGAACAAUAGAAACUUUAAUCGGUUUAAUAGAGGUUUUAAUCAAAAUUACAACCAAAACCGUCAGUUUAACCCGAAUAGAAAUUUCGAAGCUGCAAGAAUGUUUUUCGCAAGACAGCAAAACAUUCCGCAACUACCGAGCAAUAUUCCGACUCAACAUCAUGAACGCUUAGUUAAUCCCUGCUACGCUCAAGUAGCAACGGGAUCCAAUCAACCAAACAGUCAGCAAAACGCUAAUAACCAACAAGAUCAGGAACACGAGAGUGAUGGUCGGGAAUCAUCUUCUGAGAAAGAUCAGGAGAAUGAUAGUCAUGGAUCACCAUCCGAUGAAGAUCAAAUAGAAGAUGCUACCAUAGUUGAACAAAAUCCAGAUCCAGGCGAGAACCAGGAUGCAUCGGAGGAAUCAGUUGGCGAAACUGACUACGGGAGUGCAAAUGAUUGUCGAGCCGAUGGAGAGGAAGAUGAAGAAUUGAGAUAA